AUGAGUCGGUUGAAUUUGGAUACCACAGUCGGAGGCAAUGAGAGGUAUUCGUUCAUGGAAACACCACUCGAGAUGCACCCAUCCUACCAACAGAACCUAUCGACUCCCCCAGCCGAACCAAGUGCGCCCCCGCAUGUGGAGGAACCUCCGAAAGAGCGACAGCGAGCAUGGUCCUAUGCACCAAGCGAAAAAGAGCAGAAAUUCCAGAAUCAGGGAAUAAUCCCAGACUAUGCCAACUGUCCACCCAUCGAGCAACACCCAGCCAAUUACGCGCCUUUGGUUCAAAAUCAACAACAACAACUGCAGCCACAAUCGAUCACUUCAAUGUCUCCCCAGACCUACGCAAUCGCGCCCGAGCGGCAAUAUCCCGCUCAACUUUAUACCCAAUCCUAUACCCAGUCGUAUCCAAACAUACCCGACCAAAGUCGCCCAAUGACUCCUCGGGCGUAUGUAAAUCAGUCACAUACAAAUAUACCCGAGCAACAGCAGCACCAAUGGCAUCAACAAAUCGGCAUAGCUAUAGCUCCUCAGUAUGCGAACGUACCACAACAACAGUACAGUACCCCGAUGUCCCCUCACUCUUAUGCGACCCACCCAUAUGCGACACAGUCAUACACCCACAUCCAGGACCAACAGCGCGAUAAAGAAACAUCCACCCAGCAAUAUGCUUCGUAUCCCGAAACUCCUAGCUCACCACCCCCACUCUCGCCAGGGCCACUGCCCCUGAAGGUAGACCCAGAAGCACCAGCACGAAGUGAAACUAUGCCCAUUGUUCCCGAUGAAAAUCCCCUCCAGUCACCCAAAUCACCAUAUUUCCCUCCACCCACCAGAGCGAAAACAUCGCACACUCCCCAGCCGGAUGACCUGAGUGCAUACCACCAACCUGGCCAAUCCAUGCAUCCAAAUCAGGAGGUGAAGGGAGGAGGAUGGAGCAAUGGGCUGUGCGAAUUUUCGAGUUUCGGGAUCUGCUGCCUGGGAAUGCUAUGUCCGUGCAUCUUGUAUGGGAGAACACAACACCGACUCUCGAUGAAAUCGAGAAAGGAGGAUCCGACCAAUCUGCUCGGUUAUGAAACAUGCAAUGCGUCGUGCACGGGGAUGGGAUUGCUAUGCGGAUGUCAAUGGUUACUGGCCACUAUCCAACACACCAGAACGAGAAAGGCAUAUGGCAUCCAGGGUAGUAUAAUGUCUGAUUGCGUGCGAGCUACCUGCUGUACAUGCUGCACGUUGAUUCAGGAUGAGAAGGAAAUCCAGAAGCGUGAGGAGUAUCGCUCUCGCGCGGCUAGGGAACGGGGGACGACUUUGCUUUCGCCGUACACUACUCCCGGGCCGAUGUCGUAUAGCCCACCACCGAGGUAG